UCUCUUGUUUCGUCGCCAUACUACGCCUCCAUUGACGAUGCUUAUCGGGACAAAGUUCGUAUACCUAGAUGCAAAUGUGGGAUUAUGGGAACCAAGUCAUCUACGGAGGCCUCUGGAGUUCCUUUGACGUCCUUUCACAAUGGGAUAACCGAACUGCUGUUUGGUUUUGCGUAAUCGGAUGAAUCACCGUAGACGCUUGUCCAUCUUUCUCUUGCGAGCCAAUGCCGACGCCACUCGCACCAGGGGCUGGAUCAAACAUCACGCAAUCGCUGUCAGCGCCGCUAAUUAUCUCACAUCGUUGUUUCCAAAAUACAUCAAUUGCGGGCAACUCGUAACGGCACCCAUCGGAGGAUGGGCAAUAGGUCCCUGGGAGGUUCUCGCUACCGGGGAAACGUUCUUGACAUUCACAGUGAGCACAAUGUUCGUGGCGGAAGCAUUCAUCGAAGCACAUCAGUCUCCAUGCUCUGUCAUCAUGAGUCCCAUUUCUCGCUCAUUUCCGCAUGUCUACGACAGAUUAUUGGGUUUACCCGACGCUGGUCAAUACGCUGUUUCUACAUUGGUUCCGAAAGCUAUCACCGCCGAGGACUUAUGAGCAGAUGCAUUUUGAAAUCCACGGAAAAAGAGAAACUAUUUUUAUAGCCUCCUGAGCUGGUCCAUGGUUUAAAUCUACCGCA